AUGGGUACAAAUCGAAAAUGUAAGAAUAUUACUUUCAAUAGUGGCAGCUUUGGCAUGGAAUAUUCAGUGUACGUAACAAAUAAUACUACCAUGUAUGCCAUUUUUGCUAGUAGCAUACCUGAGAUAAUAGAGCUCGUAGGCAGUAGGUCCAAAUACAGCGGCGAGUACAAGCGGGAACAUGGAAAGAGGUAUUAA